UUUUUUUUUUUUUUUUCUGUAAGGUUCGAUUCAACUUUUCUUUGUUCUUUGCUUUUUCAACAAAAAUACCUAUUAUAAAGUAGGCAGCAUGUCCAACUGGAAAAACGUUAAUAACUGGCAUUGGGUUAACAAGAAUUGCUUCAAGUGGGCUGAAAAUUGGUUCAACGAACAGCUUGUUGGACUUGAAGGUGAAAAAGACGGAAACAAAGUCAGCGUCUCUAAAGUAGUCGAUUGUUCUGGCGAUGUCGACUUGAACCAACGUAAAGGAAAGAUUAUAACCAUUUACGAUGUUGCAUUGAAGCUGAAUUGGAAGGGAACUUUGAAGGAUGAGACUGAAGUGACUGGAUCUAUCCAGAUUCCUGAAAUUGCUCAUGACACUGAUCCUGAAGAUUAUGUUUUCGAUAUCAGCAUUUUUGAUGACAGUAAUGAGAAGCAAGUGAUAAAAGAAGCUAUUCGUAAGAGUCUUGUGCCUCAAAUCCUCAAAAAGUUCGAAACCUUCUCUUCUUCCAUGAUUAAGGAAAACUGUGAAGAUGUAUAUAUUGACGCCCAAAAGAUGGGCACAGCUACACCACCUCGCUUGUCUAGCCCCUCCACUACCGUUAAAUCGUCCUCAGCCUCCACCACUACUGCUACCGCCUCUAAUACAACAUCCUCUUCCUCAACGACCGCUAAAGUCAUCAAUACCACCUCCUUGAACGAUCAAGAGGAAUUCCAAACUUCCGCCCGCGAACUCUAUCUCACCUUAACAACGCCCGAACGCGCCGCAGUGUGGACCCGUGGACAUGUCAUUUUGAAGCCUGAAGUGGGCGCUCAUUAUGAAUUCUUCAAUGGUAACGUGACAGGUGAAUUUUUGGAAAUCGAACCUGAGAAGAAGAUUGUUCAAACCUGGCGUUUGAGAAGCUGGCCUCAAGGUCAUUAUUCAACUGUUACCAUGGAAUUCCACCAAGGUUCUGAAUCUGUUAUGCUCAAAUUGAGUCAAACAGGUAUCCCUGUUGGUGAACAAGAAUUGACCUUGAAGAACUGGCAAGGAUAUUAUUGGAGAUCUAUCAAGGGUGCCUUUGGUUAUGGUGUUAACUUUUAGAGGAUGAGAGGGGAAACACAUCAAUGGAAUCUGUCUUAAAUUAUUUUCUUUUUUUUUUUUUUUUCUCUCUCAUG